AUGGCUCGUGACCGCGGGUUAUUAAAACGAUUUCUACUCGUCUUCGUGGAGUGUCUCUUCACUUUACAACUAGUUGAAUACAUACCAUCGGCUGCCGCGGAAGGUCAUUGUGUGUGGUAUGGCAUGUGUAAAAUAGACAAGAUCUAUGGUAAAAGCACAUACUGCUCAUACAAUGGUACAGCGUUACCAAUAGAAGAUACUGGAAGGUCAAUCAUAGAGAAGUACUGCCCAGCAAUAGCGAAGGGUGGUUUAUCAUGUUGCAACGGCGAACAACUGAUCAGCAUGAGCGAGAAAAUAAAGUUCGCAGAGAACAUACUUGGACGCUGCCCAUCUUGUAUGGAUAACUUCUUACAACACAUCUGUGGCAUGACCUGCGGCGUGAACCAAAGCGAAUAUAUUGAUCCAGUAAUUGAUCCUUUUAACGCCACACACCAUCAAGUUUCUGCUAUAAGAUAUUUCCUCAGUAUGGAAUACAUGCAGGCUACCUACGACUCUUGCGCACAGGUGCAAUUCCCUUCAACCAAUCAAGUGGCUUUAGAUUUGAUGUGUGGCAAUUAUGGUUCGGAAUACUGUACACCGUAUCGGUGGUUCGAGUUCAUGGGUGACGUCAACGUCCCCCAAGUGCCUUUCCAGGUCAACUACACCACGGAGCCGGAUCCCGCUAAGAGUCUGACGCCGUACAACCCAGUAACAAGGCCUUGCAACAUCGGCCCUCCGGGUCAACCAGGCUGCUCAUGCCUGGACUGCAGCGCAUCGUGCCCCACGCCGCCUCCGCGCCCGCCGCCGCCAAAGCCCUUCAGCAUCGGCGGAGCUGACGGGUACGCCGUCAUCAUGGCCAUUGUCUUCGUCAUUUUCUCCACUCUCUUCCUCAGCGGAGUCUUCUGUUGUAACCAACAAGAGAACACUGUCGAGGGCUGGGCGCGCGGAGCGGCUGCGAGGCGUGGCGGAGGCCCUGAGACCAGCCCGCUGCACUCACACCGCGCUAGUGUAGCAUCGGAAAAUAAUCAAGAAAUGGCAACGAACCCGAACUCCGCUGGCUGGACGAUAGAUCAACCAGAUGGCGUUGGUGAAGCUACGUUCUUAGAGAAGUUAGGAGCCGAAACUGAAACGAGGAUGGAAGAUUUCUUCCAGUGGUGGGGCUACAACAUGGCUUGUAGACCUUGGCUCGUGUUGUUCGUUGGUCUCUGUAUAGUAGUAGGAUUGGGUCAUGGUAUUAAAUACAUGCAAGUGACAACGAACCCUGUAGAGUUGUGGGCAGCCCCCAACUCGCGGUCCAGAGUAGAAAGGGAUUAUUUUGACUCUCACUUCGACCCAUUCUACAGAACUGAGAUGUUGAUCAUCACCUCCAAAGAUCUACCCCCGAUUGAACAUCAAACACCAUCCGGGAACAUUUCAUUCGGGCCCGUGUUCAAUUCCAACUUUAUGUUAGACGUUCUCGAUCUGCAGAAUAAAAUAUUAGCUCUGGGUAACGAGACGGGGAUCGAGGACAUCUGCUUCGCGCCGCUGUCGUCUCCGUUCAGCGGGCCCGUGACGCCGGACCAGUGCGCCAUCAUGACCGUGUGGGGCUGGUUCAAGAACGACGUCGAAAACUUCGACACUGAGGAUAACAGCUACCUGGACACCAUUCUUGCUUGCUCCAAGAACCCAUUCCUAGAGGAUUGUCUGUCGAACUACAAAGGGCCGGUGCUCCCGUCGGUGGUGCUGGGCGGUUUCUUGAAGCCGGGCGAACCGCUCACCAAGGCUUCGCGCUUCCACGAGGCCAAGGCGCUCAUACUAACCUUCCUUGUCAACAACAAAAAUGAUAAGCAAAAGCUGGGACCUAUGUUGAGAUGGGAGAAAGAGUUUAUAACCUUCAUGAAGAACUACACAGAGACCCAAAUGCCUCCGUACAUGGAUAUAGCGUACACCUCGGAGCGGUCUAUCGAGGAUGAACUGGACCGGGAGUCUCAGUCCGACGUGUCUACUAUCCUCGUUUCCUACUUCAUCAUGUUCGCGUACAUCGCGAUCUCCUUGGGCAGGUUCACCAGCUUCUCGCGACUACUCAUCGACAGUAAAGUUACCUUGGGACUUGGAGGUGUGUUCAUCGUGUUAGCAUCGGUGGUAUGUUCCGUGGGUAUAUUCGGUUUCGCGGGAGUAUCUGCCACGUUGAUCAUCAUCGAAGUGAUUCCGUUCCUGGUGCUUGCGGUCGGCGUCGACAACAUAUUCAUUCUUGUUCAAACUAACCAAAGAGAAGGCAGGAGACCGAAUGAGACUGUUGCUGAACAUAUUGGUAGAACCCUCGGCCAAGUGGGUCCAUCGAUGUUCCUGACGUCUGCGUCGGAGUCGGUGUGCUUCUUCCUGGGCGCGCUGAGCGACAUGCCGGCCGUGCGCGCCUUCGCGCUGUACGCGGGUGCCGCGCUGCUCGUGGACUUCCUGCUGCAGGUCACGUGCUUCGUGGCGCUGCUCGCCAUCGACACGCACCGCCAGAACGCGAACAGGUCAGUACAGUGUAGUACCUUCAGUACAGCACGGCACUUCCUGCUGCAGGUCACGUGCUUCGUGGCGCUGCUCGCCAUCGACACGCACCGCCAGAACGCGAACAGGUCAGUACAGUGUAGUACCUUCAGUACAGCACGGCACUUCCUGCUGCAGGUCACGUGCUUCGUGGCGCUGCUCGCCAUCGACACGCACCGCCAGAACGCGAACAGGUCAGUACAGUGUAGUACCUUCAGUACAGCACGGCACUUCCUGCUGCAGGUCACGUGCUUCGUGGCGCUGCUCGCCAUCGACACGCACCGCCAGAACGCGAACAGGUCAGUACAGUGUAGUACCUUCAGUACAGCACGGCACUUCCUGCUGCAGGUCACGUGCUUCGUGGCGCUGCUCGCCAUCGACACGCACCGCCAGAACGCGAACAGGUCAGUACAGUGUAGUACCUUCAGUACAGCACGGCACUUCCUGCUGCAGGUCACGUGCUUCGUGGCGCUGCUCGCCAUCGACACGCACCGCCAGAACGCGAACAGGUCAGUACAGUGUAGUACCUUCAGUACAGCACGGCACUUCCUGCUGCAGGUCACGUGCUUCGUGGCGCUGCUCGCCAUCGACACGCACCGCCAGAACGCGAACAGGUCAGUACAGUGUAGUACCUUCAGUACAGCACGGCACUUCCUGCUGCAGGUCACGUGCUUCGUGGCGCUGCUCGCCAUCGACACGCACCGCCAGAACGCGAACAGGUCAGUACAGUGUAGUACCUUCAGUACAGCACGGCACUUCCUGCUGCAGGUCACGUGCUUCGUGGCGCUGCUCGCCAUCGACACGCACCGCCAGAACGCGAACAGGUCAGUACAGUGUAGUACCUUCAGUACAGCACGGCACUUCCUGCUGCAGGUCACGUGCUUCGUGGCGCUGCUCGCCAUCGACACGCACCGCCAGAACGCGAACAGGUCAGUACAGUGUAGUACCUUCAGUACAGCACGGCACUUCCUGCUGCAGGUCACGUGCUUCGUGGCGCUGCUCGCCAUCGACACGCACCGCCAGAACGCGAACAGGUCAGUACAGUGUAGUACCUUCAGUACAGCACGGCACUUCCUGCUGCAGGUCACGUGCUUCGUGGCGCUGCUCGCCAUCGACACGCACCGCCAGAACGCGAACAGGUCAGUACAGUGUAGUACCUUCAGUACAGCACGGCACUUCCUGCUGCAGGUCACGUGCUUCGUGGCGCUGCUCGCCAUCGACACGCACCGCCAGAACGCGAACAGGUCAGUACAGUGUAGUACCUUCAGUACAGCACGGCACUUCCUGCUGCAGGUCACGUGCUUCGUGGCGCUGCUCGCCAUCGACACGCACCGCCAGAACGCGAACAGGUCAGUACAGUGUAGUACCUUCAGUACAGCACGGCACUUCCUGCUGCAGGUCACGUGCUUCGUGGCGCUGCUCGCCAUCGACACGCACCGCCAGAACGCGAACAGGUCAGUACAGUGUAGUACCUUCAGUACAGCACGGCACUUCCUGCUGCAGGUCACGUGCUUCGUGGCGCUGCUCGCCAUCGACACGCACCGCCAGAACGCGAACAGGUCAGUACAGUGUAGUACCUUCAGUACAGCACGGCACUUCCUGCUGCAGGUCACGUGCUUCGUGGCGCUGCUCGCCAUCGACACGCACCGCCAGAACGCGAACAGGUCAGUACAGUGUAGUACCUUCAGUACAGCACGGCACUUCCUGCUGCAGGUCACGUGCUUCGUGGCGCUGCUCGCCAUCGACACGCACCGCCAGAACGCGAACAGGUCAGUACAGUGUAGUACCUUCAGUACAGCACGGCACUUCCUGCUGCAGGUCACGUGCUUCGUGGCGCUGCUCGCCAUCGACACGCACCGCCAGAACGCGAACAGGUUCGACGUAUUCUGCUGUGUACAAGGCACUAAAGCAGAGACAGGCACGGAAAUCGGAGAGGGAGGGCUGUACAACGUGUUCAAACACGUGUACGCCCCCUUCGUGAUGAAGCGUGAAGUUCGAGCCGCAGUUAUGAUCAUUUUCUUCGCCUGGCUUUGUUCGUCUGUAGCCGUCGCUCCACACAUAGAAAUAGGUCUCGACCAAGAACUGUCGAUGCCACAAGACAGUUUCCAACUGAAAUACUUCCAGUUUUUGAACCGUUAUCUAAACAUUGGCCCUCCUGUCUUCUUCGUUGUCACCGAAGGGCUCGACUACUCGGACCGGAAAACUCAGAACAUGAUAUGUGGUUCGAGAUACUGUCGACCUGACAGUGUGUCUAUGCAACUGUACACUGCAUACCUUAAUCAAAACGAGACGUACAUAGCGCAGCCGCCCAACUCUUGGCUAGACGACUUCUUUGACUGGAGCUCCCUAUCUAGUUCAUGCUGCAAAUAUUUCCCAUCCAACUCGAGUUUCUGCCCAAGCGAGAACAUAGGCGAUUGUAAGUUCUGCAACAUCUCACUGAAGGGCGAAGAAAAACGUCCGAAUGCUAGUGACUUCAGGCACUAUGUGCCUUUCUUCUUGCAAGACAACCCUUCACCUGACGCUGGAUGUGUCAAAGGAGGUCACGCAGCUUACGGGCAAGCGGUUAACUACAAAGUAGUUAACAAAACGAGCAGUAAAAUAGGGGCAACCUAUUUCCAAGGAUACCAUACAGUACUUAAAAGUAGUCACGACUAUUAUUCAUCUUUACGUGCUGCUAGAGACGUGGCUGCUAACUUGACGGAAACUUUGAAUAAAAAUCUUCGAGAACAAGGAAAGAAUACUACAGUGAAUGUGUUCCCGUAUUCAGUAUUUUAUGUAUUCUACGAACAGUAUUUGACCAUGUGGCCGGAUACGCUGAAAUCUAUGGGAAUAUCGGUGCUGUCUAUAUUCAUCGUCACUUUCUUAUUAAUGGGCUUCGAUUUGUUUUCGGCAUUGGUGGUUGUGAUUACCAUAACAAUGAUUGUUGUGAAUCUCGGUGGACUCAUGUACUGGUGGGGUAUCAGUCUCAAUGCCGUCUCAUUGGUUAACUUGGUGAUGGCGGUGGGCAUCGCGGUGGAGUUCUGCUCGCACAUCGUGCACAGCUUCAGCGUGGCGGGCGGCGGGUCGCGCGUGGCGCGCGCCACCGAGGCGCUCACGCGCAUGGGCUCCUCCGUGCUCUCCGGCAUCACGCUCACCAAGUUCGGCGGCAUCAUCGUGCUCGGCACGGCCAAGAGCCAGAUCUUCCAGGUGUUCUACUUCCGCAUGUACCUGGGCAUCGUGGUGCUGGGCGCGGCGCACGGGCUCAUCUUCCUGCCCGUCAUGCUCAGCUAUAUCGGUUCGCCAGUGAACAAACAGAAGCUCGCCAAUCAGAUGCUGCGCGGCAAAGACAUGGCGGUCGCGGAGACAUCGUUGACUCGAGUACGUCUGUAA